GCGGCGUCUAGGCUAUACUGCGCACUGCGUAUAGCAGCUAACUGGCUCUCGUUAAUAUCGCCUGGUAAACCGGCUGGUAAAGCAUAAUAUAUACGUUAUAUUGUCGUCAUCUGACAGCGCCGGCUGACUGUCUGAAUUCCAUGGAAUUGUGGUGUAUUUGUAAUUAGGCCGCCAUUAGGGGACAUAUGACUAGCUGUAAUUACUGAAGGCCACACUGCAACAACGCAAUCACUGUCAUAUCGGCUUGCACACAGGAUGUAAAUAGCGUUCUUUGAGGAUUUGAGAAACAACCAAACGAGUAAAGAUGCAUCUAUGCAGUGGAUUAUAUCUGACGAUUGUUCUGAUUGCUGUGGUGUUAACGGUUUCAGAUGCUGAUCUGUGUUACAGAAAGUUCCGACAAAAAGUUGGAGGAUGUCGAGGUCUGAUGCGGAAAAGAUUCCGAAAUGCUGAGUCAUGCUGUAAGAAAAAAUCGGCAGCAGGAUAUGCUCAAGUAGAGGAAUAUGUUGAAGGUAGACGUGGCAAGAAAUACUACAAGUGUGUUUCGUGUGAAGAACUAAAGCAAGAUGCGAAAGGCAUCAACACAACUAUACAUGCAGUACCACAGAAGCCAUCCAAGUCCCACACCACCGCAGAAAACAAGGUCGAGGCGCUGGUCAUGUCAGGCUGGACGAAAUGGAGUGAUUGGUCCAAGUGCAGUGUUACAUGUUUGGCCGGGGUCCAAGAGAGGAUCCGCCUAUGUCCCUCUGGUAACUGUGUUGGCGAGCACAAGCAGGCGAAACCCUGCAGUUUACGGGCUUACUGUCCAGUGGAUGGCAACUGGGGCCCUUGGUAUCCCUGGGACGAGUGCUCGGAGACAUGUGGAGGUGGUGUGCAGAUCCGCAAGAGGCAGUGCAACAACCCACCACCAGUGCACGGAGGAGUGGACUGUGAGGGCAACAGCACUGACACCAGAGACUGCGGAAACAAGAUAUGUCCAGUCCAUGGAGAAUGGUCUGACUGGUCAGAGUUCUCGGAGUGCAGCGUGACGUGUGGGAAGGGUGUGAAGGUCCGCAUGCGCGAAUGUAACUCCCCUGCACCUACCUACGGAGGCAGAUGGUGCCGCGGUAGAUCCAUACAGCAGAAGAAGUGUCAUCUUAAGAUGUGUCCAAUUGAUGGUGGCUGGUCACUUUGGGGUUCAUGGACUCAUCCAACCAUUUCAUGCGGCGAAGGUGAACAGAAACGGACCCGUAGUUGUGACAGUCCCGUGCCCCAAUUUGGAGGCAAUGGAUGCCAGGGUGCCGCAGUGGAAGUGAAGAAAUACCAACACAGGAGGAAGUGUCCAAUUGACGGUGGUUGGACCGAAUGGACCGCCUUUGGCCAGUGCAAUGCACCGCCGUGUGAGCGAGGCUUUCAGUUACGUUCUCGAAGUUGCUCGGAACCGCGGCCGCAACAUGGUGGACGAUAUUGCCUAGGGAGGACGAUUGAAAAGCAGGAGUGCACUAACCACGAAGACUGCCACAAAGUGGAUGGCGGUUGGUGCGAGUUCACCCAGUGGUCUCCAUGCACACUUACAUGUGGCGACAGCCUCGACAUAAGCUAUAGGACGCACACAAGGGAGUGCAAUUGUCCAGCACCCAAGAACGGUGGGAAAGACUGCAGCGGGGAGCACUUCCAAAACGAAGACUGUGAAAUCGCGCCAUGCGAGAAGAAACCCCCUGUGCCAGUGGAGACAGUUACAGAAGCACUCAUUGUUGAAGCGUCAGGUGAGAAUCCAUCAGAGAAGACAAAGACAAAGAGCUGCGUUGGUGGUCCCGGGUCGGGUGAUUUCUCGGACGGAAGUGACGUCAACUGCGAUCAGGAACCAGACGAGUACAUGGAUCCACUGCAGUAAUACACACAGAAGAUGAAAAAUAUGAUAUACCGUGUUGGCUUAUAGCUUGUCGCUGGAAUGUUAACAACAUAAAAACUCUGUCAUCGCCUCUGUAAGACCAUGCAAUCACUAUUAAGAACUCAAACCGUAAAUGCGUUAGAUUCUCGCAGACUUGAAGACCGCAGUACCAGUGUGUGAGGAAAUGUUUUAAAAGUAAUUGCAAGUAUUAUAGAUUCUCGCUAAUCUAAACUUGAUAAUUGGAAGGGAUCAGAGUCUGCGGUAUUUGGGAUACAGAUAUCCUAAAGGUUUUAGCAAGUGAUCUUAUAGACACGAUUAUCGAGUAAGAUAAAAAAGUCAUGCGUACAUGUACAUGGGUAUAUGGAUGGAUAAAUGUUACCAGUAAGCUGAAUUUAUGUAUAAAUGUUAAACUGAAAUAAUCUGACUGUUAUAUGAAAAUCAUAUGUAAAUAUGAAAAAAGUAGCUGUACAUAUAUUUAGAUGAAGAAUGUGCUUAUUAUUGCUUCGAGAUGUACAUGUAAAUACCUAUCAAGAUGAUGGUGGCUUCGUUUUCCAAAUCUUAUAAAAUCUGCGGGAACUUCCGUCAAAUAUACGAACGAAAUCUCAUUAAAGCUUGAAAAGUCGUGAAUAAUCAUAGGUUAUAGAAACACCCCCCCCCCCCCAAAAAAAAACUACGGGUAAACAGAAAAGUCAGAAAGAGUUAGGAUUUGUUUGUGUUGCCAAUUCCCUGCCACCAUAUCAAGUGAACUUGUAGGUUUAGCAAGCAACUUUCAAGACAUCGCCACUGACCAUGCGUUCCUUAUCAUGUUUACAUGUGGCAGGCCUAAAGCACGUAGCACACUAGCCGCCAACUUCGGUGUUCACAAGCGUUUUUUGCCGCAAGAGUCCUGAACGCCUGAAAUAUCCCUAGUCUGCUACGAACGGCGUCGGCGAACGUGACUUGCCGCCACUUGCCGCAACUAAACGCCAAAUAUCUAACAUGUUUGAUUUUUGACGCCUGUCGCCGCGUUUGAACGCAAGAAGAAGCCAGGUGUGCUACGGAUUGCCGCCUGAAUUGGCGUCGGCGGCGAGGCUAUGGCCAAUCAGUAUGCGUCUUGAUGUCACAUGAUUUCAAAAUGGCAGCCUAAAGUGGCGGAAAGGACGCUACUGGACGCCGAUUCUGGGCAGGUGUGCUCUGACCGGGAUCCACUGGCCGCCAACUUCGGCGUCGAGAGGCGUCAGCUGAACGCUUCUUGUCGCCAAAGUUGGCGGCUAGUGUGCUGCGGGCUUCAGGGACGGUAGUAAAACUAAUACAUGCAAAAAUGAACUGUUUCAUUUUCGUUUGGGAAAAGAUCAAAUGAUUCUUUUGUUUCAAUUAAAACAAUUUAAGGUGAUUCAAGCAUAUUCAAAUAUCAACUUCUUGAGACUGAAACAAGCGGCGGAGCUGCCUCGGAUAUUUUUCAGUCUGUUUAUCAAUAUGUUUCUCAAAAGAGAGAAACUAAAUCAUUUCGGUUUUGUUGGCGCAAUAUGUUUUUGCUACAGUCCCUAUAGGUCUCUAUUCUGAAUUGUCAAUUCUUCGGAGUCCAUUGAAGUUCCUUGAAAUUUUUCUAAAGAAUCUCAUUGCUUGUAGAUACCAAAAUAUUUUCGAAGUCCAAACCAAGGUACCUAUACACUGCAGGUAUCACAAGUCAGCUCUCUACCUGCGCAUCACCCGAGGAAAACAACUCAUCAGCGGGUCCGGUUCGUUCAUAGGGCUUAUAUGAAUGCAAUUUUGGACUGCCCUCAUAGAAUCACAAGAACAUUCCAAGUUCGAAUGUCGAGCUAAAGAUCAGGUACGGACCGGCAUUAGGGCUCUGAAUGAAAACUGUUUUGGAAAAACAAGUUUCAUUUUGGCAUGAUAUGUGCAAUUCAAUUAAAAAAUUCAGAUUUUGUAAUCAGAUUGGAAAAUUUGUGAUAAGUUAAACGAAAGGUCGCAAUAAAACAUUGUGUUGUAUCUACAUUGAGAUUUUUCGGUACCAUACAUAAAUGUUUUACUCCAAACAUUUGUUCAAAAUCUAGUAUUACUCACCAGCUGAACGCUUGGACGGCAGAUUCCACGUGUUUCGAUGACAACACUGCAGUGCGAAAAAACGACAAGUUUAAGAACUCAAGAAGAAAACAACAACUUUGCCAUCAUCAAAUAAGGCGUCGUGGCUCAGGUUAAGCCUCUAAUAUAGAUAGAAAAGGUUGCCACUGGUAGCUCUUCCAAUUUUAAACCGGACUAACGUCAACGUUCGAAACAGUUCUAGCCAUCGCAAUCUAUCAGCGUCUGCUGCUACCAGCAUUAGGAGCGCUUGUCCGAGUGUCAGUCCACAGGUAUAGAUUGGAACCACGUCUGAUCACGGUUUCGUGUCUCAUCAUGGGUCGAGCUAAAGCAAGCGUUAAAUGAAUGCAGACACAUGACACCCAAGACGCCUCUGUGAAAAUCUUAUGGUGGCAUUUGCUUGUGAAGCGCAUUCGUGGAGACCAUGGACAGCGCUAUGUAAAAAGCUUCAUUAUUAACCGUACCAAAUUUGAUUCAUUGAUGUUCGCAUAGUGUUAGGAAGUAGUAUUUGUGUUUCUUACGUAAAAAGAUAUUCCUGCUUUAGCAAAUUCGUCGGAAUCAGUAGUUUUUACAGAAAAUACAUAACGUUUUUCCCGAGUAAAAGCAUGCAGAGAGAGAUAGUACGAUUCAAACUUCAUUGACAAAAUCACCACCAAAGAGUGUCAUUUCAUUUUCCAAAAUAUCAACAGAAAUAGAAGAAACAAUUUUUUAAGAGAUUAGGAGCGAAAAACAGGUGAUCCGUUUGUACUUUGCCAAAACGUGAAACUAUGGCGAGACGAUAAACAAAUUGAGAUUUAAAGCAAUGAACGUAUGGAACUGCUGAAGAAAGUCUUGGCGAAUGUAUGUCAUUGAUGCUUGCAUGAAAUUAAUUGUACAUAUUAUAAUGGCAAUUCGCAUGAAAUUUAUAUGUGAUUUUGAGAAUAAAUCAAGAUUAUUAAAUGUU